UUCACACAGGAAGCAGCUCAGUAUCACCUGUCACUACUGAAGAACGGAGUAUGGUUCUGCUCAAACGGAUCAUAUUCAUUUUGACUUUUUGUGAGCUUUUAAUUCAUUUGGAUGCUAAUUGCCCAAAAGGUCUCAGGGUAAAACCUGGGAGCACAGUUUGUGUUUGCCUGGCUGGAUAUUACCAGUCUGAAGAUAAUGCAUCCAGAGGGUGCAGCAUAUGCACAAGGUGUGCUGAAGAAUCGGGAAGUUCUGUUUUACAGGAAUGUACGAAAGAGACGAACCGCAAAUGUCAGUGCAGUAAAGGGUUUGUUCCCAGGGACACUGAUUCUUCCACUUGCCUAUGUGACAAAGGAUAUGGCAAAAAGAAUGGAGAGUGCUUAGAAUGUGACGAUGGAUAUUUCAACGAUCAAAUCGACUCACCCUGUAAACAAUUUAAAAAAUGCAACGCAGGAGUGAAUAUUACUGGAAACAAAAUCUCAGACAACAUCUGUAAUAAAGAAUCCAAGACCUACGUCACUACAACCGCAACAUCAAACAAAACCGUUUCUCUAACCAUCCGCUUGACACCCCAACGAUCACAUGAGGGGGCUGAAACUCAGAGGAAACCUACCACAGACACCACCAUCACCUUCAUUGCUGAAUCUACUCCAGGAAACGGAGUCAUCCCCAAGGGAAAAGGGCAGUCUCUCUACCCUUCUGGCACAGACAGCCACAUUGGUGUAAUCCUCCUCACAUGUGUGAUUUCUCUGCUUAUAUUGACGGCUGUGAUCUGCAAGCUGUUCAUUUCUCCUCGCCGCGGGGAGAGAAAAACAGCAGUGCAAACACAGGACUCAUUGUGUGGAAGGCCAGUUGAGGAAAGCGGUGAUGGCAGUCAAUCCUCUCCCAAACAGUAUCCAGAAGAGCCCUGAGGUGAAACUAGUCUGUAAUCUUCUGAUUCCUAAUGUAACUCUUUUUACAUCAGGGAAUACGUCAGUAAAAUCUUAUACCGUAUCCAUGGUAUGUUAGACAAAUUGUUGUUGUCAAUAUUUUAUUCAUGUUUUUUCUGUUUUAAGUCAAAACAGGUGAAUAGAAAAAAAAUUAUAUAUCACGAUUUGAGGUUAUUUACCUUUAAAUCAAUGUAAACUCAAGCAGUGAAAUAACACUUCAGCAAAGUGCCUCUUAUCGUGUGAACUAAAUGACUUCAGGAUGAAGCCAUACAUGCCUACAUGGUAUUCCUCUAAACUUUCCCUCAAAGACAAAAAUACACUUAUUUUUUUAUCUUUCUAUUUCUGCUAUUCUGAUGAUAUAUAAUGUGAAAUGUUUAACUGACAAGUGUCUGAGAAAUGUACUAAGUAUAAAUAGCUAGUAUACAUAACUAUAACAAACUCCUUGAAAAAAUUCUAGUUAAAUACUAUUUUUUUUCUAGACUUCUGAACUAAUCUUGUUGUGGUUGAUCUGCACUGUUUCACUGGUAGCAGGUUGAUUAAGCAUAGAGCGGAAAUUAUGAAAAACAUGCCUUCGUUUGUAUUUGGGGUGGGGGGAGUCCCCCUCAACGCUUUUUUCCCCACUGUUCUCGUUUUAGCUGUUGGAAAGAUUGGUUGUGUAAAUGUUAAGACUUUCAUGUUUCAUUACAUUAAUGGAGACUUUACACAGAUUAGUCCAAGGAGAUGUGAAAAUAUGGUGUCAUUAUACUUAUUCAUUCACAUUUGUUUUGCUGUGAAAUCAAACACAAGCCUUCAAAUCACAUGUGGCAUGUCUAGCACCUGCUUGGCUCAGUGUGACUCAGGUUCUUCUGUAGGUGCUGCUUGUUUCAACUCAGUGAGACAGUUCCCUCUAGUGGACUAGUAAAGGCAAAAGAACAAAGUAACGUUUGUCAAACAGUUGUGGGUUUAGUAUUCCCAUCAUUUACUUCAGGUGCUGAAACAAGAAUAUAGAAAUACUGUAACAUGUAAAAUCUAAAUUCAGUAAAAGCACAGCCUUUAAAAGAAUAAAUGUCUUGAAUUUUUUUGUGAAAUAUUGACAAAUUUGAACAGUUAUUACAAUAAAAUCUCAUAGAGGUCAUAAAACAAAAAUGUAGGAAACUAUUAAUAAUUCAAACGUGUUGUGUUUCAUUAUUUGUAACUAAAUGAUAUUUUCUUUAAAAAACUAGAUUUUAAGCAUUAUAGAUUUUUACAAUAAAUGCUUUGUAUUGAAGGUUUUAUUCAAACUAUCAUGUGGAGGAAAAUCUCAAAUAACGUACAAGUAUUUCAAUAAGAAUACAACAUAGAUUAGCUGCUAUCUGAAAUGUAUUACUGUUUAGGCCUAUUAUAUAUGCUUUUGAUUCGUGCGCUGUUAUGAACUGUUUUCUGAAGAACCUUGCCCUUUUCUACGCCUAAGUAAUGAACAUUAGUAACAGAGCAUAUGAACAGACAAUGGAAACAGUACUAACAGAAACUUCCUGUAAAUGUCAGUAAUCCAGGAAGUUGGUGUGUGUGGUUUCAGAGAAAUAUACAGCACGUGUACCAAACCCUUGCUAUGUAAGGAUACUAGAUAGCUGCCUUGUAAAGUACAAUAACCUUUCUCAUGAACAACUCAUUAUCAACAACAUGCAGCGUCCAUGUAUAUUAAGCAGUGAUUUAUGUUUCUGAAAACUAGCUCUGUAUUCAUAACAGCGUGCAGAUGCUCACUUUGUAUAUAUUCCUGUAAUGUGAAUUGUAUGUCUUUCAUGAUUUUAACAUUUUUGAUUAAAAAUGA